CAGUAAGACUCUUUUGACUUCACCGACAGACCUAUAUUUGUCAAAAAAAGCAAAGUAAAGUUAAUUUUUUCAGUCAAAAAAAAAGACCGGAUUUGUAGGAUAGACAGGUCUACAAAAAGCCAACUAUUGCGACUUAAUACGCUUUCUUGUGAAGUGUUUGUGGCGUGCAAGCGUUUGAUUCCAUGGUAACUUUCUUUUGUGGGCGAGUCACAUCGGAAGGCCGGAGGAUAACGUGGUCUUCAUCUGUAAAAGUUAUAUUACAGUAAGAACUAUGUAACCAAGUCAGCCACACACCCCAAAGUUUUUGGGUCAGCGGGCUUUGUUAGGACCAGACAUGAAUGAAAUCCCACCACUAUAAACUACCUCAACGAGCAUCCUGUCCUGUGUGCUACUGUGAAUCAACUCUGUCAUCCUAAAGCUGUUAUGAAAUCAGUAAAAUCCAGGCAGAAUCCUUUCCAACCAGCAUCUUCAGUGGUGAAGACAAAUCACCAGACCUCCCGCACCCAAUCCCUGUCAAAGAAAAAGAAAAAAAUAGCUUUGAGUCCCAUACGUUCAAACUGGCGAGACAGUCCACAAGGAUGCACAUUAGAGAAACCUAACCACCAUUUGGCUGCCAUAGAUGGACAGUCUACUUUUGCAGAGUCUUGGGUUUCCACUGGCAGCGGAUCCCCUCCUUCUAACGCCAGACGCGUAGUCUCAUCUGGCAUGGAAACACCCAAACAGUCUGCAAGAGCAGGGAAAUCCACUGUUUCCUCCGAGCAAGGAGUUCAGCAGGAUUCAGUACUGGCCAAGUACAUGGAACGUUUUCGCCAUGGUCAGCCACAGAGCCGAGAGGACCGCCAGCAAAUGGCUUCUGCCAUCGGAGAGGACCUGCCAUUUUGGUGGAUGUCACCUUCAUCUUUACCCCCCAGUUCUACCCCAACUAAAGCAACAGAUUACCACGGGCCUGCCAUUUUCAGCCCAGCUGGACAUAGUCGACUUGACAUAACCCCUUCCCCAUGCAGAGGACCCCCUAGCGUCUGCAUGCUGCACUGGUUUAUGUCAGGUUUGUCUGAAUGCCCUGAAACCUGUGUCUGCAGAACAGACCCCUUAUUCCGACUAAGUAUUUUAUCAGACACCUCUCAAGGUGAAUGUGAUGACACAGAGAUACUACACCUUCAAGAGAGGGCCAGCAGACUUCUGCAGAGAGGUGAAUGUGCUCUCAGUGACAGAUCUAUCCUGGUCAGCUCAGAAGGCCUGGCAUGCUCAGAUUUCUCUUCUCCAAUCAGCAUAGAUGAGCAAGUGCGACGACCUUUGAUUCCUAGUUUAAUAAAAUCUACAACUGUGUGUUUAUUAUCAUUUACAGUGAAGACCGGACUAGAUUUCAUGUCUUCCCAAAAAUCCCCUGACUUUCCUUCUUUGGUGCCCCCCACACGCCCGGAAGAGGACAUCCUGUUCCAGUGGCGUUUAAGGAGAAAGAUGGAGCAGGCCAGGGAAUGUUCCCAGCCCCAGCAACACUCUGGUCUUCAUGGAUCCACAUUUAGCUGGCAGGGCCCCAGUGUACGCUAUCCGUCAGCCAAUGCACAGGCUUACAAGCACAGUCAUAAACCUCCUGAACCCUCACACUCACACAUCACUGCUCCCCAGCCAGUAACCAAAGACACCCAUGGACUCUGUCCCCCAGCUGCCUCUUGCUCUUCAGUCUCUCAGCCUCAUGCUAUCGCCCAUGUCCCUGCCCACAUGCAUUUACUCUGUGAUGUUUUGCCGUGUCCCAUCCAAUCAUCUCACGCUAGCGAGCAACAAAGCAUUUCACAGAGGUUGGAUGAGUCUCCGACCAAAGUUGCCCCAAAAAAGACCCAAAACUCUGGAAAGUCAAAGGAAACCUCAGUGGAUGAGAAAAUUCAUAAACAUAAUCCAUCCCCGUCACCUGCUUCAUCUGGAGCUGUACAAGGAGAGUGUACACGUAGUCACCACAAAAUAACUGAGAGGAAUAAGAAAGAGAAAGCUCAAACAAAGGACUUGGAGAGGAAUGAGAAGAAGAAAGUGGUGGCAAUCAGAAAGCAGAAGAAAUUAUCCAGAUGCACUGUGGAUAGUGAAUAUACUGACGGGCCGAGCUCCACAAACAGAAGUUCUUCACAUCAAAGAGUUUCCAAAAAGGUCAUGUCAUGGACAGAGCAGCAGCAACAGGAGUUUUCCAGUGAGAGCUGUACUGACGAUCAUGCACCGCCACCAUCUCCAAUCCACUGUGCCUUAGGACAGGUUGUUUCAGAGGUAUUGUUCCCUGCGGUGGAUUCAUCUCCUGCACAAACGACUCCUGUCUUGUCAGUUUCACCUCCAUGCACAGCGUCUGCACCUCCACAAUCCUCAGUUCCUCCUGGCAAUGCACACAACUCUAUGGAGGUCAUUUCACAGCUGCUGCAAGAAGCCGAAGAUUCAGAUGGAAAAGAGUUUGAAGAUGACCCUUUACUACAAGUCCUUCGCAAACAGAGAAAAUGGGUGAAGGAGCAAAUCAGUGAAGUGGACUCAAUGUUGGAUGAAGUCCUGGAUGAGCAACACAUUACAUGAACUUUGUCAACACAAACUUGAUGCAUUAGAUUUUUUUUAUUUUAUAAAGACAUCAUUUAUUUUAACAUUUUUGAAG